CCUUGCCGAUUCUUCGUGAUGGGACCCGAAGUCGUCGUGCACGUUGACAGUGCUGUGCGGGGUGAAAAGGAAGAUCAGAGUCAAAAGCGCUCUGAAGCAUCAGGAUCGAGCAGUGCGGCACCUUUGACUGGUGGUGGAAAAGGGGGAUAUCUUGACCACAGUGGCAGCAGCGCCUCAGCUGGAGUGAUCCCUGAGGGACCCAAAGAAGAAGAGAAGCCGCUGAUUCCGUCAGUGCAUGAAGGCGAGAUGUGGGACGUGAUCGAGGACGAUCAAGGCCCGGAGAUUCAGCCGGAGGUUGAAUGAAGCCGAUGUUGAGGACCCUCCUG